CAUCCUCCAGCAAGCUUCUUCUAUUGGCUGCCCAGCUACCAAGCUUCAUUCCAACAGCUCCCUUUCCGAGUUCGUUCUCUUCUCUUCCACGGAACAAUCAGCUGUUUCAGUUUGUUCAACAAAUCCUCCUAAACUCAAUCAACAAUGGGCAAGGAAAAGACUCACAUCAACAUCGUCGUCAUCGGUCACGUAGACUCUGGCAAAUCGACCACUACUGGUCAUUUGAUCUACAAAUGCGGUGGUAUCGACAAGCGUACUAUCGAGAAGUUCGAGAAAGAAGCCCAAGAGAUGGGCAAGGGCUCUUUCAAGUACGCCUGGGUGUUGGACAAACUCAAGGCUGAGCGCGAGCGUGGUAUCACCAUCGACAUUGCCCUGUGGAAGUUCGAAACCGCCAAGUUCUACGUCACCAUCAUCGAUGCCCCCGGACAUCGUGAUUUCAUCAAGAACAUGAUUACUGGUACCUCCCAGGCUGAUUGUGCUGUCUUGAUCGUUGCUGGUGGUGUCGGUGAAUUCGAAGCCGGUAUCUCCAAGAACGGACAGACCCGCGAGCACGCUCUCUUGGCUUACACAUUGGGAGUCAAGCAGUUGAUUGUUGGUGUUAACAAGAUGGAUUCCACUGAGCCACCUUUCAGCGAGGCCCGUUAUGAGGAAAUCAAGAAGGAAGUCAGCAGCUACAUCAAGAAGAUUGGUUACAACCCCGUCACUGUUCCCUUCGUCCCCAUCUCUGGUUUCCACGGAGACAACAUGAUUGAGGCUUCCAGCAACCUCCCCUGGUACAAGGGAUGGGCUGUUGAGCGCAAAGAAGGCAAAGCCGAUGGCAAGACUCUGCUUGAAGCUUUGGACGCUAUCGUCCCACCUUCCCGCCCUACUGACAAGGCUCUCCGUCUGCCCCUUCAGGAUGUCUACAAGAUCGGCGGUAUUGGUACAGUGCCCGUCGGCCGAGUUGAGACUGGUGUCAUCAAGCCCGGUAUGGUCGUUACCUUCGCUCCUUGCCAGCUGACCACUGAAGUCAAGUCCGUCGAGAUGCACCACGAAGCCCUCGAGGAGGCCGUCCCUGGUGACAACGUCGGUUUCAACGUUAAGAACGUCUCCGUCAAGGAGUUGCGCCGUGGUUUCGUCGCUGGUGACUCCAAAAACAACCCACCCAAGGGUGCCGCUGACUUCUUUGCUCAGGUCAUCGUGUUGAACCACCCCGGCCAGAUCGGUAACGGUUACACCCCCGUGUUGGAUUGCCACACCGCCCACAUUGCCUGCAAAUUCGCCGAGAUCAAGGAGAAAUGCGAUCGUCGUACCGGCAAAACCACUGAGGAGAACCCCAAAUUCAUCAAGUCUGGUGAUGCUGCCAUGAUCACCUUGGUUCCCAGCAAGCCCUUGUGCGUUGAGUCUUUCUCUGACUUCCCUCCUUUGGGUCGCUUUGCCGUUCGUGACAUGCGUCAAACCGUCGCUGUCGGUGUCAUCAAGUCCGUCAACUUCAAGGAUUUGGGUGCUGGCGGUAAGGUCACCAAGGCUGCCGAGAAGGCCGGCAAGAAGAAGUGAAUGGAGGUAGUUAUUCCAUCCAACCGACAGAAGUGUUAUGUACCGGGUCCGAAGCAUCUACAGUUCGAAAUUCUUCAUUUAGUUUCCGUAAAAAAAUUUUUCAAUCGGCAUAGAAAAGAGUUCAGGAGAAAAGCAAGUGUUUGGUUGGGACUUUAUCAACUUGUUUCGACCUUGUUAUCCACCAAGUUGUCUUUUGACAGCUUGUGCUCGCUUGUAUCUUGUUGACUUCUAUUUGUGCAGAUUUUUCUUCUCUUGCAACACGAAAUUUUAGCGCGUUCCCCACUAUUGGAUGAUACCCGGAGAAGAACUACGAUAUCUUAGUUUAAUCUUUGAAGACUGCGCCCUCGUGUACUAUUUCUCUUUCAGAGUGCACUCUACCUGUGACGUUCAUCUUGUACAUUAGUGAGAUGGCUUUAUGGGUAGAAUGUAAUCUUUCCACUUGGUUUAUUCGAAUCGUUUUUACUUACCCAUUGUUUGUGUAAGGGCUUUGGUAUAUGCACCUCAAUCAAGCGCCAAUACAAGAAAAUUUGGUCUGAUA